AUAGCAAAGUUAGAAUUUUAAUAUAUCGAAAAUGGCCUAAUGGUAACCGUUUAUAUCGCACUUUCAUUUUUUUUAACAGAAUUGAAGAUGACUUGGACAAACUUCUGACUGUAAAAUGCAAGCCUCAGAAGUCGCCUAAACCUACAACGAAGCCUAUGCCAAAGCCUCGCCUCAAACCCAAAGCUGAUCUCAAACCAAAGCCGACUCCUAAGCCAAGGUUUGUCGAGGCAGGUGCUGGGGAGGAUGAACUGUUCGGAGGAGCUGCUGGUGUUGCAAAGAACAAAAACAUAACACCUUCGGUAAAAAAGAGGGUACCCGCGAGUGGAGAUCAAGACUUGUUCGAUCAAGCAAGGAAAUCUUCUUUCAGAACGUCAUCCCACGAGGAGGAAACGUUAGACGAUAUUUUCAACACGCCGUCACGACCAGCUUUUACAACGACAGAGGACGAUGAUGAUUUGUUUAAACAAACAUCAGCAGUGGAAGAGAGCAGCAUUCAGGACAUGAGUGCAGAUGAUAUAGCAAGUUACAUUCAGCAAAACACACCUGACUCAAAUGUCAAGCUUGAUUUGUUUUAGAAAAUUGAUAAGAAAUUUUACAUCUACCAAUGCUUUAAAAAUGCCUGUGGGCUUGAACACAAUGCCAUGUCAGCGCUGCUGGAUGAAAAGCCGCCAUCUUAAAUUUUAAAAUGCCAAGUAGAUCCGGGAACAAGGUUUCAAACUUUAGGUGAAAUUUGACGGAGGCAGGAAGCUCUUUUUAUUACUGUGUGAUGUUUAGUACGCUUCUUUGCUGAUUUACGUCAUCAAUAAGUGGACUAAAACCUUGCUUGCACGUUCUUACCUUGGCUAUCGAUUAUUGUACUUUGCUCUUUUUGUGGUGAAGAUUCACAAGACAUCUCUGUACGUGACUUGUCUUAGUCACGCAUGAAGUGUGCGUGACUCUGACUGUAGGAUUUAGCGCCUUUCGGUUUAGACCUGCUAGGGGUUAAUGUGGUGUGACGCAUUUCAUGGCAGGCAUAUUGUGGGCACUCCAUAGCAGACCUUCUGGCGAUGAAUAGCUUCGUCAUAGAAGGUUGGUUAUUGAGCUCUCUUUUUUAGUGGUCACGUGUUGCUUUUCAUUAUAACAUAAAUAGAUGGGCAAGUAAUCUCUCUCAAUUUCUUGAAAACAGUAAAAAUGGAAUCUGAAGAGUAAAGAAAUCGCAGCUGCAAAUCAAAAUUAAAUGUGUAGGUGAAUAACACAUUUCCUAAUAGAGAAAUACAUGUAGCUCAUUUAGGAUCAAAGUGACUGAACAAACAUUGCUUCUUUUUGGGGGCG